GAUUGACAGCUGAUAAACAAACUAACCCCAGACUCUGAUGAUAUCAGCUCCGAGCUCCACCUCAAGGAAGUGAUUUUUUUUCUCACCUCAGUGACAGGUUUUCAGUUGUUGUUCAGGUUUUUACGAGAAAGGAGCAGAAACGCUGAGAUGAUCUUCAACAUCUUCAUCAUCUUCAUCAGCACGGUUUAUCUGAGCUGCCACCAAAGUAUCGGGAGUCCUUCUCAGUGGUCAGAUUUCAACGUGACGCAGCCGGAGCAUCAGACGGUGAACCAGGACGGGGUGGCCUCCAUCAGCUGUGAACACGAUGCACCAGUCAGCUCCAUUUUGGAUGUUCGACUCAACCGUGUGUCACAGGGCCAAACCUCGAUGCUCUGCCAGAAGGGGGAAAAAAACUGUAAGGACAUCUUCAUGUAUCCACAGUAUCCCAACAAGUGUCUCUUCAUCAUCCUGAACCUCCGGCCAGAGGACAUGGACGCCACGUACCAGUGUGAGUUCACCGUGAAGAAAGAUGGCAUUGAAAAGACCAAGACGGGAACCCCGACCAGACUGAGGCCAGUUCAAAAUGUCACAGAGGGGGACUGCAUCCCUCCUCCUCCUCCUCCUCCUUCUCCUCCACCUCCACCUCCUCCUCGUCCUCAGCCUCAUGACCUCACCUGGAUGCUGAUUGGUCUGAUGGCUCUGUUUCUCCUGUACGGCUGCGUCAUCACCUGCGUCUUCAUCAGGCUGAGGGUGACUAACCAAAACCAUAGACUUGAUCAUGAGAACUCUACCUAUGUGGAAAUGAGAAAAGCUCCUCUGCGGGCGAAGUGACCUCUGACCUCUCCACGUCUGGUGGCUCGUGACUUUUUGUCACCGACAUAAAACAGCGGCUUCCUCCGAGUCGAGCUGAAACACAACAGUCCCAAACUCUCACUUGAUUUGCUUCUUGAUCAUGCACUACCGCAGCUAACCUGCAGGAGGUGACAAAGAGAUGUUUUUUUUUGCUGUUGCUCGAGUUCAUCACUGCUUUUACAGAAGAACAAUAUGUGGUUACAAGCUAUUAUUCAUUAUAUUGAAUAUAAAUAUAUGUCCAACUCUUUUUAAUCUACCGUCGGAUGUUUUCAUCUUCAGUUAAUCCCUGCAGCUUAGUAUUUAAAACAUCUUGUGCGGCAUUUAAAUAUACUAAUAUAGGAAAACUGCUACAAAUAAACGCAUAGACUCUUAUUGAUUGGAGAAACAGCAGUAAUGAGAUUUUUAGCUGAUCAAACAAGCACGACUGGAUCCCGUCAUAAACAAGUAAAGUAGGUCGUUAUUCUCACGGGGAUUUUGUGAAGCGUUGAGUAAGAACACAAGAAGAAUAGUAGCAGCCUCUAAUCCCUGUCUGUGGGUUUGAGCUCGGAGACAAUCAGGGAGAUUAGGGGGGGGGGGGGGGGUGGAGCUGCUGUGUGCUGACAGAGUCAUUUUAAUACCAUGAUGACUUAUUAUCAUGAACAGUACAGGUGAAUGUGUUAUGGGCCAAGUUCGCACGAGGCGUUCAAUGACUCACAGGAUCAUGAAGGUGUCAUGAUCCAGCAUCACCGGGCUCAGUUUUAAAUAUGUACUUAUACAUAUAUAUAUAUAUAUCUGUGUGUAAAAAGAAGAUUCCUCUGGUGGCAAUUUCAAUUCUUCUCCUUUUCCUAUUUCCUUAUUUUACCCUCUGAUUUAAACUGAUCAUGGUUUCCUAUUUUAUACCCUUUGCUGCUGGAACAGAACAUUUUCCAAUAGUGAGAUUAAUAAAAGAAAGUCGUAUCUUGUCAUAUUAGUGUGCAUCUUUAGAUAUUUUUUAACAUCAUAUUGUGUCUUUGUGUAUCGAAUCUUAUUGUAUCUUACAACAUCUUAUAGUAUCUAAUCGUAUCUUAUAACAUUGUAUCUAAUAGUAUCUUGUCUUAUCGAAUCUUAUCUUAUUGUUUUUCAUUGUAUCAUAUUGUAUCUUUGUGUAUCGUAUCUCCUAGAAUCGUAUAUCUUAUCGUAUCUUAUCUAAAUUCUACACAUUUGUCCUGAUACUUAAUAAACACGGUUUGAAAGAUGUA